AUCUUACCUGUCAACUGUUGUGCAGGAAGCUGCAUGCUCUCCAGCCAGACGUCUAGGCUACACAAUCUGCCACGCAACUAUGUCUCGUUUAAGUUCUCCGCUUGUUUACUUACUUUACGAGUUUACCUAGUCCUGAAUUACGUACACACCUUCACAUAAUUCGGCUUUGAUGGGCUGUUUGCCAGGUUAUUGUGUAAACAGACGGAAAGGAGUGGAGAGAGGCGGUCCCAGAGGGCAAGACGCAGGUGAGAGGUUUGAGUUUCACGCUCCUCGGAAGUGUUAUAAUUGAACCUGGGAGUUCAUCUGUCAGUCAGUGAAAUUGGCAGCGCACUAAACUAAUCGCAAAGUUUGUAGUAUACGGCUUGUGUGACUAUGCAUGUUUGGAUCAGGAUUGUUGCGCAGGAGUUUAAGCACGAGUGGCGCAUUUUGUCUUUGGCACCCCAAGACGACGUGCGUAUUAUUUCGUGGAUUUAGACGUUCCUUCUCUUCAGACUGCCAGACGCCGCGGGAAGUGGGUGAUGUUGAACAUGGAGGAUUUGAAAGCCCCUGUCAGAUUUUUCCACAAGUCUUCAUUCAGCAUCAGCAGCCUGCUGUUUCGACGAGAGGGAGUGAUGAGUGAUGACGGUGCCGUGCUGGAUGGGCAUCUUUCCAGAAAACACAUUUCUUCGGGGCCAUCUACUAGGCCUAAAGAAGUUUGUGCUCAAGAUGGAACAUAUGAUUUACAUGGAGACAAGAACUGUCAUAAAGAAUACGCAGUCCAAGAGGACAAACGACUCUCCAGAGAUGGAGAAAGGGAAGACGGAGAAGAUACCGAUGGAGUGGGAGAGGUGAAGACAUGUGGAGGAGUAGAGGGAAAAGCUAAACCAGAGAAACCUCCUUUCAGCUAUAACGCAUUGAUAAUGAUGGCUAUUCGCCAGAGCCCGGAGCGAAGGCUUACGCUCAACGGCAUUUACGAGUUCAUCAUGGGCAACUUCCCUUACUAUCAAGAAAAUAGACAAGGAUGGCAGAAUUCAAUCCGACAUAACCUGAGUUUGAACAAGUGCUUCGUCAAAGUACCUCGCCAUUAUGAUGACCCAGGCAAAGGCAACUACUGGAUGCUUGACCCUUCAAGCGAGGACGUGUUCAUAGGUGGCACAACUGGUAAACUCCGGCGCCGUUCCACGGCGGGCACCCAGACAAAGCUGGCAAUAAAACGGGGUGCCCGUUUGACCUCCACCACUGCCGCCGGGCUGGCGUUCACUGGGUCCUUUUAUUGGCCGGUGCCGUCGUUUCUAAACCUUCAACCUCAUGCGAACUCACACCCGGGCAUGGGGUCAUGUGUAGUGCCCAAUCACUCCAACUAUGCCACCUCGAUCCUUUCUCAACGGUCACACCACAUGAGUGCCAUAAAUACUGGAGCAGAACGACUCUUCCAAACAAACCAGGAGUCAUCUUAUUUUGGCAUGGGUGCAGGCGCGCAGUACCGUCGCCAUCACCAAAUGAACGCAGCCACAACAUUCGCCUCUUCAUCGUUGCCAUGCACUUUGUCUCUCCCUAACCCUUGUUCCUUUAACCUGCUCAACCGACAAGCUAGUUAUUUUUACUCGCAUCACCAGGUACCCCACCCGGCGACAUUCAAUACAUGGUGCCAGGAGGAGUACCCCCCAACCAAGGCAUCUCCAGCCGGACCCAUUUACUCCGGAAAAAAUGGGCCAUCGGAUUGCUUGGGGAGUUUGUGUGCGGAGUUCCCUAAUUAUUUCCCCUCAAGCAGCCCCAUGAGCUCCCUCAACACCAAUCUUUCUUGGAAUGCAGGGGAAUGACCAUAUUUAAAUUAAAAACGUCAGUUUCUCUUUAUGGAUUAAAUCUUUCUAAUGUCUACCAAUGCUGCGAAAUUGAUUCAAAUAAUUUAUGUGAGUUUGCUAUUUCCCAAAUAGGCAUAUCUGUCUUUGGAAAGAAAACAAUUAUUUAAUAUGUUUUAAAUAAUUGCCAAUCACGCUUUAAUGUGCAAUUUCAUCUAAACGUAUCAACAACAAAAAACGCCAUUCACCAUUAAAAUUGUUUUCAGUGCAAUAGCCUAUAUUAAUGUUGUAUUAUUUCACGAAUGGUCAAUAUUUGUGGUGCGUUCAGAUCAUUAAAAAAUAUAUAUUCCUUUCGUUAGUAUUUUAUUUUGUAUUUUAAUAGACGACUAACUAUACAUCACAAGAUGAAGAGAGAUGAGAAAAUUAUGCUGUAUUUUAAUUAUUGCGCAUGAAGUAAGAGUUUCAUAAUGAGGAAUAAUGUCGUGAAAAUAAUAAACUAUUUGGUAUCUGUGAAUGUAAUUAUCAUGGUCGAGGUUGUUAUUGCGAGAUUUUGCAUCAUCGUUUAGGCUACUUUUACACACAGGCUAAACCAUCACUCUCUGUGAAGUUUGUAUUCGUUUUUUUUCGUUCUUGGUGUUAUAACUUCGUUUUGCGAUUCGCUGGCCUAGUUCUUAGCGAUGUGGGCUAUAUGAAACAUGAAUCA